GCUCUAGAUUUUCCGCAGCAACGCCCCGCCCCCGCAUUUCUGGUCUGAGCGGGCUAUGGCCAGCAGCUCUUGGGGACACAUGGCUGAGGUGGACACUGGGACCGACCAGAGGCAGAAUGAGGAAAUUGAAGCAAUGGCAGCUAUAUAUGGCGAGGAAUGGUGUGUCAUUGAUGACUGCGCCAAAAUAUUUUGUAUUAGAAUUAGCGACGAUAUAGAUAACCCUAAAUGGACACUUUGCUUACAGGUGAUGCUACCCAAUGAAUAUCCAGGUACAGCUCCACCUGUUUAUCAACUGAAUGCUCCUUGGCUUAAAGGGCAAGAACGUACAGAUUUAUCUAAUAGCCUUGAGGAAAUAUAUAUGCAGAAUAUUGGUGAAAGUAUUCUUUACCUGUGGGUGGAGAAAAUAAGAGAUGUUCUGAUACAAAAAUCUCAGAUGACAGAACCAGGCCCAGACGUGAAGAAGAAAACUGAAGAGGAAGAUGCUGAAUGUGAAGAUGAUAUCCUUUCACCAUGUCCACCUGUUAAAGCAUUGAAUUUGGGUAGUAGUGAAAAUCAAGCAGGUGCAGCAACCAGGAUGGUUGAAAGAGAAGAAUUACCUCCGAUUGAUCAUGGUGUUCCUAUCACAGACCGGCGAAGCACUUUUCAGGCACAUUUGGCUCCAGUGGUUUGUCUCAAACAGGUGAAAACGGUUCUUGCCAAAUUGUAUGAGAAUAAGAAGAUAGCCAGUGCCACCCACAACAUCUACGCGUACCGAAUAUAUUGUGAGGAUAAACAGACCUUCUUACAGGACUACGAAGACGACGGGGAAACAGCGGCUGGUGGACGUCUUCUCCAUCUCAUGGAGUUGCUACAGUUUCUUCUGCUAUUGUAUGCGGAGAUUCUGAAUGUGAGAAAUGUCCUUGUGGUAGUUUCGCGCUGGUAUGGAGGGGUUCUGCUCGGACCAGAUCGCUUCAAACAUAUCAACAACUGCGCCAGAAACAUACUGGUGGAGAAGAAAUACACGAAUCCACCGGAGGAAUCAUCUAAGGCUUUUGGAAAGAACAAAAAAGUAAGAAAGGACAAGAAGAGGAGUGAGCAUUAAUAUAUGAAAGUAUAUGAAAGGUUAAUUUGCCUAUGAUUCCAUACAAAUUCCACACUCAUCAAAGAACGUACUGUGCAGAGGGCAUCCUGGACUGCUCCAGUUAGCCACUUCAUCACGGACACCACCAUUAUAUUCUCUUCUUUGGUCAUAUCAUCUGCCAAAAUAGAGAACUCGUGAUGUAUUCAUGUGUGUUUCAGGCUGACUCGGAAGACUUCAUUUGAACUAAUCACCACUUUACCUAAUUUUAGGAAGGUAACAGUUGCCCAGGGCAGUACCUGAAUUAACUGUCCGUUUCAGUACGUGUCAAGUGCCUUUGUUAGGGGGGGAAGAAAUGUCUCUGGAGGAAUAUAAAUAUCUGAUUUCUUGUCAUCGGGGUUCUCAUUUUGUUAAAUGAAUAUGGCCUUUUACUGCUCUUUAUGGCUUAUUGGAAUAGGAGCUCACUGAAGAUUGAUCUUGGAGAGUUUCUUCUUGUGAUUUUAGUUCAGAAGUGUGUCACCUUUCAUGUUCUAGUGUUCCAUCACUGAGCAGUACAUCAAGUGAAGUUUCAGGAGUUUCCAUCUGCAGCUGUGUGCUGAAGUCAUUCAUCCAGCGUAUUUGCUAGCAUAAGUGGUGUACCUCAGUUUUUGUCGCAGAUUAGUGAUUGUGAAAUUUUGAAAAGUGGUUUUUCUAGCCUCUAGUUUUUUUGUUUAGUUGUUGUAAUGUAAAGCAGUAAAUGUGGAGUGUCAGUAGUCUCCUCCCUCCCCUGAAAUGUGUUGGUGUAAUAUUCUGGUUUCCUUUAUCAGCCUGGAAGUACCUUUCCUGUGCUCUUCACUGAGGAAUUAGAACUGUGCAGGAGCUAGGCUGUAGUCAAUGAGACAUACAUGGGAUAGAGGUGGCGGAACAGCACUGGUGCGGGCCGGGGUGUGCUGUGCUGUGCUGUUAUGGAAAUGUGAUGCACGUUUCCAUCUGCAUUCCAGCCCUCUUUCUCAAUGCCAUGACUUUGUGCAGAGAAGGAGCAAACCUUUGAUUGGAAAAACAAAGAAAAUUCCAUUUCCCCACUAUUAUCAAAUGUACCCUUUCCACCAGUGUUUCAUGUUCCUUCUUGCAUCUGCAAGUUGUGUGCUUUGCCUCUAGGCACCUAGACGGUAAAUUUGCCUUUGCAGUAUAACAAGUCAUUACCUGUUCCCUCUCAGAUGUGAUCACAAACAAUUUUUAAAGGAAUCUGUCAGGUUCCUGGGAUUCCCUUCCAAAGACAGGGAGCAGAAAUUAGGAGUCAGCUUGCAGUGGUGCUGGAGUUGGAUAGCAUCAGAGAAAAGUGGACACAGACACAUGUUUUGUUUCUGUUCUCUGAUGUUUUACCUUAAAAAAAACUCAACACCCUUACACAGUAUUUUUAAUAAGAAUUUCGUGAAUACUUGCACACUAGGAUGGAUCCUGAGAAAUCUGUAUUUGUUGUGUGUUCAAUGUUGCCAGUUGAGAAGUGUCAUCAGAAGAUGUGUUUAGGACGCUUAACCUCAGAUUCCAUGGAAAAUUAUGUCCGAUAUUAACUUAAAAUAAUUGAAUUUAAAAACCAUUAAUUAAAAUAAUUUCACAACUUUGGCAUAUCAAACCUAUGAUAGGAGAUAAAAAACAGUAAGAAUUUGGUGCUGCAGAAACAUAAAUGAGUUCAUUUUACUGCAUCACCAAAUUUGUAUUUCUUUGGCUGUUUUAUCUAAUAUUUAUUUAAGUCUUUAUAGAAAAUCUUUUAUAACUGGGAUCUCAUUUUUCUUUAUUUUAAAAAAAUCUUAUUUUUGCUUUUUUCUACAAAAUUAUUAACCACAUUCUCCUGACUGAGAAACCUAAUCAUGCCUCAUCUUUGCCCAAAGUCAGUCAGUUAAUAAGUGAAGUCUAAAAGUCUCUGAUUCUGGAACCCUAGUUACUUCACACUCUCAUUUAUAGACACAUUAUUAGUGUCUAUAAAUAGUUACUGUUUUUUCUCUAUUUAAAAUUUAUAUUGAGAGGAUUUUCAAAUCCUCCAAAUAAUUUUCUAUAGGCAAGUACCAUAUUUUGCCAUGUAUAAUGUCCACUUUUUUGCCCAAAGUUUCAAGGGAAAAAUAAGGAUGUGCGUUAUACCUGAAAUACCUUGUAUCUGUUCUUGUAUUUUGUUAUUACUUGUUACAUAAAACUUUUUGUACCAUAAAAUGUUCAACAAUAAAUGCUAAAGUUCCUUUAUAAUACAAAAAGCAAGUUAUCUAAAUAUAAAUAAAUAAAUAAAUAAAUAAUUGAAUUAAAAAAUUAAAAUGAAAGAUUUUUUUCCUGAAAGUUUGGGUCAAAAAUGUAGGUGCACAGUAUACAUGGGAGCACAUUAUACAUGGUGAAAUACAGUAAAUCUAUGUGGUGGCAUAUUUUACAGUAUAUUGUGUCAGUUAAACAUACUCUCCAUACACCAGCAUAUAAGAGCAGGUAGUAUCUACUUUUUAAAAGGGAAUAGCAUUAUGAUUUGGAGGUGUAUAUCAUGAAACAGAGCCUACUUCAAGAGAACUGUAUCACACUAAUCACAACUGAGAAAGAAUGGCAUGAAGCAGAUAGUGUUUUGUAGGGAGGGUGACAUUUAUUGGGAAAACUGUAGAAUUGCCUCUAAUUCCACUAUCUAAAUAGAGAUAACCAUUAGUAACAUUUGGUACGCACAUCCUUCUAUUUUUUUCCUGUGCUUGAUUUUGUACAUAUGCUAUUUUUCUUUCCAUGAAACAGUAUUAAGCUGUAUAUACUGUUUUGUAUCUUGAUAUUUCAUAUAGAAGUAUAUUGUUAACAUUUUCCCAUGUCAAUAAAUAUUAUUCUGUGGUUUAAUUUC